GUGCACGGUGGUGCUGCUGAACCCGCGCAAGAACCGGCAGCAGCACGUGCAGAAUGCCUCGAGGAAGAGCAUCACGUGCGUGGCCUUCUCGCCGUGCGGCCGCUACCUGGCCACGGGCGAGUGCGGCCACCAGCCCUCCGUCAGGGUGUGGGACGUGGCCGAGAAGACGCAGGUGGCCGAGUUCCAGGGCCACAAGUACGGCGUCUCGUGCGUGGCAUUUUCUCCAACUCAGAAGUAUGUAGUCUCCGUAGGAUCCCAGCAUGACAUGAUUGUCAAUGUGUGGGAUUGGCGAGGAGGAGUAAAAGUCGCUUCCAACAAGUUUUCCAGCAAGGUCAAGGCUAUCAGCUUCGCAGAGAAUGGCUCUUAUUUUGUUACUGUAGGAAACCGCCAUGUGAAGUUUUGGUACCUUGAAGUGGCGCGAGGCUCCAAGUUUAAGGAGCCCGUACCCCUGACUGGUCGGUCUGCCAUUCUUGGAGAACAGAGGAACAACUAUUUCUGUGAUGUCGCAUGUGGACGUGGUGAUAUGGGAGACUCUACUUUUGCCAUCACCAAGUCUGGCUUGUUGUGUGAAUUCAAUAACCGAAGGCUGCUAGACAAGUGGGUGGAGCUGAGAACAUCCAGUGCAAACUGUGUGGUGGCCGGGGAGGAAUAUAUCUUUGUAGGCUGUGCUGAAGGUAUUAUCCGAUGCUUCAGUCCUUAUAAUCUCCAAUUCAUCACCACCCUGCCUCGCACGCACUACCUUGGUGUAGAUGUAUCAAAAGGUUUAACUAUCAGUCACAUGGCCGCUCACCCAAACAAUGCCAAGUACCCUGACACCAUAGCUGUAUCCUUUGAUGAAAACAACCACAAAGUGACGGCUGUUUAUAAUGACCAUUCCAUGUAUGUGUGGGAUGUCAAGGAUAUAAAGAGGGUUGGAAAGUCCCACUCCUACCUGUACCAUUCUGCCUGCAUAUGGGGUGUGGAAACCUACCCCACAGAGGGAGAGGGCGGAAAAGGGGUGAUGCCUCCUGGGUCCUUCAUCACCUGCUCUUCCGACGACACAAUCCGAGUCUGGAAUAUUGACUCUGCCAUGCCCUCAAAUACUCUAUAUAAGAGGAAUAUUUACAGCACUGAACUGCUCAAAAUCAUAUAUGUGGACCCAGAGUUGGGUUUCAUCAAAGACACAGAUGUUAACCCUCAAGGUGGGGAUAGGAAUGACACCUCGUAUGAUUCCCGCAACGGCGUCAGGUGCAUCAGAGUGAGCCCUGACGGCAAGCACUUGGCUUCUGGAGACCGGGCCGGAAACAUCAGAGUGCAUGAAUUGCAAUUUCUGGAUGAGCUUUGCAAAAUUGAAGCUCAUGAUGCCGAGGUGUUGAGCCUUGAGUAUUCCCGCCCAGACACUGGCCACAAGUUCCUUGCGUCGGCGUCACGAGACAGGUUGAUCCACGUGUUUGCUGUCGAUCAGGAUUACAGCUUUGUGCAGACCUUGGACGACCAUUCCUCAGCUAUUACAUCAGUGCGUUUCUACCAAACCCAAGGAGCCUUGCAAAUGGUGUCUUGCAGUGCUGACAGGUCGAUCAUCUUCCGAAGUGCAACACAGACACCCCAGAAUGAGGUUUGGUUUUCCCGUGGACACAACGUGGCUGGAAAGACAACACUUUAUGAUAUGGAGGUGGAUCAUGGUCAGCGGCAUAUACUAACAGCAUGUCAGGACCGUAAUAUUCGUGUUUAUAAUGUUAACACUGGGAAGCAUUCCAAGACUUUCAAGGGCACAAUUGGCGACGAUGGAACCUUGAUUAAGGUGGUCUUAGAUCAGAGUGGAAUAUAUGCUGCUACCAGCUGUACAGACAAGAACAUGUGUAUAUAUGAUUAUUAUUCUGGGGAAUGUAUGGCAACCAUGUUUGGACACUCUGAGCUAGUUACGGGACUUCGCUUUACCAGUGACGGCAAGCACUUGAUCACAGUUUCUGGUGAUGGAUGCAUCUUUCUGUGGAGAAUGCCACAUGACAUGUCGCAGACCAUAACUGCACGCAUUGCACAACAAGCAGAAAGGGCCUCUAAAGAGAAGCGAAAAGUAAGGCAGCCUAUUGAUAACGAAGACUUCAGACCUGCAUCGGACGAUAUAUUUGAUCAGAAUGCCAAUGAAGCAGAAGAGCCAGAUUACAGAUUUAGUAUGGGUCAGCUUCCUUUGUGGGCUAAGAAGCAGAUGACAGAACCACAAGGACCAGCUGGGGGUGCCGGCGACAGGGGCACAGUGGACAUGCCAAAAGGACGCUGGGCACAAAGGCUUCAUAAUAAUGCCAUAACAUUCAAAAGUCAUUAUGAUACGGACUCUGUCAUACCUUUCCCUGCUAGAGAUAAACGUCAACCAGACUCGGAGUCCAGUAAGGAAAGCUCUCUGGAAGACAGUGUCGGAGUCCACAAACAGUACCAGUCACAAACAUCACGUAGAGAUAACUUAAUUUUACCAAAUAAAGACUCAGGUGGCGACCCUGGCUUCAUUCCUUGCCCAGAGAGCAUUAAGGAAAUUAAUUCAGGGGAAGGCAGUUUUCAGGGCUCACCAUCUAAGAUCAACACGAAGAGGGGAAGUGAUCCUGAGAGCCGCAACAGACACCAUACAGACGAUAGUGACGUCAGUAGUCUGAGAGUGGACGACGGAGCAACAGACCACGAUGGAGACAUUGAGGACUACAGCGAGCAUGAUGAUGAAAGCACCGAGCCGGAACAUUCUGAACACUUGAUGUAUUACCCACAUAAUGAUGAUACAGCAAGUGAUUUUACUGUUAAUGCAAUGGAUGUAGAGGAGCUGCGUCGUUCCCAGCGCCGUCACAGAAAAGCAAGACCAGAGAGACCCACGGACAUUCCACUUGUUUCAGUCUCUGGUUCUCAGGAUUCAGAUGAUGAUGACGAGGUCUCUACUCCAAGUGCUGAUACUGCAGAGCGCAAUAUUAUGUCUAUGCUCAAUGUCAGCACAGAGAGCAUUGACAGAGUUGGUCGACGUGAGACUUUCCUCAAGUCAAACUUCGAGUCACUUGAAGGGGAGACGGUGCGACCAGAGAAGGAAGUCAAGAAUAAAAAUAGUAUAUCUUAUAAGUUUAAUGCAAGAAAUAAGGACUCUCAAGUCUCAAACAAACGGGAAGAAUUGCUAAAGAGAAUUGAAGAGACAAGAAAGAAGCUGCAAAGUAUUGGGUAUAAGAGUAAUCUUAGAAGCAGCAAGAGUAUCUCAGACCUAAGCAACAUUCCAGAGAAAGAUACGUCAUACAUGUCAGGGAACCAAGAUGGCGGCAGUGGAGACAGUGGGUUCAGCAGCAGCCCCUGUGGUGGUAGUGGUGGUUUACGUCGCGCCUGCUCUCUGAGUGACCUCACCAACCCCACCACCCCACGACGCCUACUGCCAACUCCCCCUACGGUUGGAGGGAAGAAGAUGGGUGGAAAAUCCAACAGCAAAUCCCCUGGACGAUCGCACUCCUCCUUGUCUCGGUCCAGUUCUAUUGGGGUUCUAAAUCAGACUGGCGAGGAUGGUUCGAGAAGCGACAGGCCCAUGAGACCAACCAUUGCUUCCAUGAACAAGAUGACGCCUCGUGCUCUCAAGAGGAAGGCGUCCCUCUCACAGGCUGUCUCUACUGGUGAUAUUCGGCAAUUUCAUGAAGAUUCAAGCUCUGAAGACACGUCUCCUUCAGAACACAAGAAUAUGCGUAGCCGUACAUUAGGUGGUGAUAGGCGUGGCAACCUUCCUACCCGUGCUGUGAGUGAGCGCGACCUCACCCGCAGCAGCAGCUUGUCCAGUAAGUCGAGAGGGGAAGCCGUGCGAGGACGCUACGCCUCGGCCGCAUCGCCUGUAUCCAGACGAGGUCUUCCCAAUUCGGACAUCAGCAGGCCCUCAUCUGCAGCUUCCACGGUGGACAUGAGCCCGGAGGAGUAUCCAACGAGGGAUGAUCUCUCCUUCAAAGACUUAGACAAUAUGCCCUUGAGCGUGGGUGUAGUGGAAAGUGUCUGUGAGUGGGUAGUAGAAGGAUGCGAGCGGUUAAGUCAGCUGUGGUGGCGUGCUUGCAGUGAGGGUGGGGGAGAAGAGGACCACCACAGGGCUUUGCUCCUCCUGGGUGCAGCUGCCAGAGCCACACACGCUCUAACUCCUCUCACAGCUCCAAAUGCCGUACCACCACCUUCUCCAGCCUCCAUGUCCUCUGCUGCCCCGGCACAGCAGACUGGAGACAGCAAGGACCCCCGCAUGGUGGCUAUGAUGCAACAGUAUACUGAUAUUCUGGUCAAUAUGGUCCAGCAGAAGAUGGCAUCGCACCAACCUCCACCAGGACCCACGUGAUCAAACUCAUGUCACAACAUACAGUCAUGCAACUUCAACCUCAUACAGUCAUAUGGCUUGACCUGAAAAAUGUACAGAAUAAGUUCAGUGCCCAGUUUUGAGAUAGAUUUGUCAGAUGGGUGACUCAAGCCUCUUUUUAAGAGUGUAAGGCUGUGUAUGAUUGCUUUCAUGUAAAGGAUUUUGAUCCACUUUUUAAAUAUGUGUUAUAUGUGAUUUUAGAUUCUCCUUGUUAAAUGAUAGUGUUCCCUAUGUGAUGUCAGAUAGCUAGAUUGCUGAUGAUUACAGUCUUUCUACUAGAUUUGAUGCCAUUUUAAUUUUAUUUGAUUGUUGCGUUUUACAUUCCAGGUUGUCUGUGACAUUUGUUUCCAUAGUGGGCAGGAGUGUCAUUUUAUUUAUUGAUUAUUUUUUCAUAUGACCUCUAGAAGCCCCUUUUGCUGCCAAAGCUCUCAUGACCACUGUGUGAUUGUAAUUAUCUUUGAGGACAACAAGCAUGUAUGUAUGUAUGUAUGUAUAUAUGUACAUAUGUACCCUGACUUUAUAUGUGUAGUAGAGAGAAGUUCCUGCAUAUUAUAUCACUGUCUUCUGUGUCCCAUAACACUGGAGUUGACCCAUAACACUGGAGUCAAAAAUAAAGCCUAUUGCUCCAAACUGAAAGCCAUCAAUUCGGCUCUGUCAGCAAAUUUAGGGCCAGUCCAUUGCUUUUAGCCAGUCUCCUAGAAGAAGUUUUUCUGGUAUUCAAAACAUAGUUUGUAAUGCAAAAUUUGCAUUUUCCUUGGAAUGUUUGUGUGACUAAGUACAAGUUUACAAUAUGUAAUUGUCCGUCAUAGUUUUAGAUUUGUUUGCUUAAAGGUUCUUCUUCAGUACCACUUCCUCCUGAAGUGUGGUUCAACAAAGUGAGAAUGUUGAACAUGAAAUAGGAAAAAAGAAGAAGAAAAAAAAAAGAGAGACUUCCAGGCCCAGGUCGGGAAUCCACUUUUUAGUUUAGAAAUACUUUUUGACGUUGGUCAUCAUGCUGGAGGGGAUGAUAAAAUAUGUAGGAACUACUCAUUAUAUGUUGAUGUCCAUAUACAUACACAUAUAUUAUAUAGACUCGUUCAUGUAUUGCCAUGCAUAAAAUACACUUACACAUACAGACACACAGUGACAGGGAUAUAUUUCCAACAUUGUACAUGCAUACAUACAUACAUAUUUACAUAUAUACAUGCAUACAUACAUACUUGUAGAAAACAUUUUAUUUUUUUUUUUUUGUCAAUAUGGAAAUGAAACUCAAACUUUUUUUCUGGGUCAUUGGUCUGGUUUCGAUGAUAAUUGUGAUGAGACAUUUAUUCACUGGACAGAUGCGAUGAGCCAGAUUUUUAGUUUUCUGUACAAAGUGGUUGUCAGGUGAGAGUGGCACGUUGACGCAAGGAUGCAUCAAACAUCGGCACUCGGCUGUCUCAAUACAGCAAGUAGGCCAUAGCACCAAGUCAAAGGCAUUCUUUCUUGGUAUUAGAAAUAAUUUUGUCGUACAUUCAUAACUUAACAGCAUGUUGUCUUUAACAUUAUCCAUAUGCUAUUAACUACAUCUAACUUUUCAUUUUUUUAAAUGUUAUUGGACAUGGUGAUGGCAUACUGCUGAUUUGGGCUGGCUGUUUACCUAAUGGUGUAUACUAUAAAUAUUUUGUGUUAUGUUUGUGCAAGUUUUACUGCCUGGUAAUUAGAGUUAGGAAACACAGCAUAUAUGGAAUAGUGUCAUAUUAAUCAAAGUUUUUUAUGUGCUCUGAAUCUCUUAUCGAGGGUCAAGGAAGGAGCACGUGAUUGAAUUUAUUAAAUAUCUGAUUAAUUAUAACAUAUGCAUGUGCUGUGCUUGGAUAUUAAAUCCUAACACAGACCAGACAAUUAAUGCAAUAGCCACCAGAGGUUUCAGAAGUGUCAUGGGUGUUGUUGCAAUCUUGCGUUGACUCCUGCUCAUUGAUACCAAAAAUUGUUGCUAUGUUGCUCACUGCUGUCUGUGCUCAUUUCUCAAAAGGAUUCUCAAAAGGAUGAAUGGUUUGAAUUGAAGCAGUGAUCAUGUACUGAAGAAUAAAGCCUCCUGUUAGUGGACAUUUUCUAAUGAUACUGCGGCUUCGGUAGUAGCAGCAUCAGUAGGCAUGUGAGCAGCACUUUAGUUAUUAUUUUAUUAGUCUGCCCCUGAUAGAUUAGUCUUGGAAAGUGUUUGUUUGCCAACUUUUUCGAAGAAAUGAAAAAGAUGUGAUGUCUUGUUUUGUGCAUUCAUUUUUGAUAGGUUUUACCGUUAGUGUUGGUUUUCCACGUAAAACAGUUUUGAAAAUUUAUUGUUUUAUGAUGGCCUAGGAUGAUGUACUUGAUGGUGGAGGCUUGUGCACAUUUGGUGACAAAUGUGACAUUAAGCCACACUCUUGAGCCAGGCUGGGAUAGGGGCAGUUGUGGGAGCCCAGUGGUCUACUCAUUCCAGCUCUUAGUUUGCAGUGCACAAAAUUUUGUAAAGCUAUUGUAUUAAGUUGAGCUGAGUCAGGUCAUAUUCCCAGAGGGUGCCACUUGGUGCCACGAUGAGGUGUGCCAAACCCUUGCAGAUGUGGUUGCUGCCAGAACUGCAAGGGAGUGUAUAGCUGUAUCAUAGUGUACAGUCUCCAUAGCUUCUAGACAUCAUUCCCUUGCUUCGGGGGGCUCAUUUAUCACAGGAUAGGUUGCAGGCCUUGCAAGUCUUUGUCUUCCCUGUGACCUUAUUGUAUCAAUGCCUUCCAUAAUAGUGUGAUUGUCCUCCAUUUUUUAGGGUGUUGCCACAGUGCUGUUGAACAGCUCUGAGGCUAGAUUGUGCUCAUAUGGAGAUCCGGGUAAAUGUUUGCCAAAUGAAAUCUCAUUUCUUGAUAAAAUAUGUCUACAGAAGAAUGAUGUCUUUGUUUAAAACCUAAUAAACAUAACUGGAAA